AUGAGUACACACCCGGAAUCAUCCGACAGGCCUGUAACGGCCCCAUUAGCUGAUUUGGCAAACCGAGGAGCUCAACUGAGCGAAGUUUUGAAUAAAUUCAAUGAGCUGAAUAUGGAAAUGACCACACAACGGCGCGUGAUCCACCAGUUGGUUGCUGGUAGUGGUAGCGGUGGUCAACCUGAGCCUUUACCUACUAACCAACCUGAACCGCAACCAAUACUUUUACCCUAUACUCAAACCCCCUCUACCCCGCAUUUUGCAAAUCCGCAUGAAGAAACUUUUAUCUAUCCCACUCAUGGCCUACCCCAUUCCCAGGCACCCGCUAUCCAAACCAAUCCUCCUCACCCCCAAAUUCCCCAGAAUUAUCCACACAUUAGUCCGAAUAUGCCACUCGAACCUCAGGGACCACAUUAUUACUCCAUCACUGAGCCAUUUAACAUGGAUACCGCCACCCAAGGGAAAGCAGCAGCUGGGGAGUCGUCCGCGUCGAUAGUUAAGAAUUUGCUAAAACGAUUGGAUCGGUUUGAGGAGUUCAUAAGGAAAAACCAAGGUUUGAACAAACAAGGAGGUUUGGACUACAACGACCUGUGCCUAUUUUCGGAUAUGCAAUUGCCCAUGGGUUUCAAAACGCCCAAGUUUAGCAAGUAUGACGGAACGGGCAAUCCCAAGACACAUCUCCGAAUGUUCGACAACAAGUUGGGCAAGCCAAUAGAUGACGAGAAUCUACCAGUUCGUUUGUUUCCUGAAAGCUUAGAAGGCGAUGCACUGGACUGGUAUUCCAAUUUGAAGCCCGAGGAUAUGAGGACAUGGAUGGACUUAUCAACCGCUUUUCUAAGGCAAUACGAAUACAAUUGCGAGCUGGCUCCAACGAGGACCACAUUGGAGGGAACCAAGAGGAAACCAUCCGAGGACCACAAGACAUACGCGAAGAGAUGGAGGAAAUUGGCCGCCAAGGUAGAGCCCCCCAUGACUGAAGAUGAGAUUGUUCGUACGUUCAUCAAAGCUCAUGACCCGCCCUAUUUUGAGGAGAUUUUUCGCAUGACCGGGUGUUCAUUUGCAGCAAUUAUCAAUAAGUUGGAGGAAUAUGACGAAUACGUCAAAGCAGGGAAAAUUGUCAAUGUAUCAGCUUUAAAAUCACAGUUGGACGCCUUGCAAGGUCAGAGUAAUAAUGGAAGGGAGCCUCAACGUAAGAAGAAAGAGGAGGAAACUACUUUUGUGUGGGGCCAAGGACCGUUUUCAAGACCUAGAUCCCAACGUUACCACACAUAUUUAUCUCGCUAUCCAAACCUACGCCCUGUUUACCAUACUACUACCAAUCACCCUCGACCUCAGCCAAACUAUGCUAGCCCAUCUCCAAUGCCCUCCCUAAUAUCUCAAAACAGUUCUCAAAUUCGACUUCGUCUACCUUAUAAUCCCAGACCUACUCCACCAAACCAACAGACUUACAACCCUCCUCAAACCAAUAAAAUACAAAAACCUGGUCGAUCUCGAACUUUUACCAACUUAGGCCGACCCAUUGACCAACUGUACGAACAGCUCAAGGCCGCCGGUGAAAUCGAUGACAUACCUCCUCCAAACUACUCUCGUCGAGGUCUCUCUACUGGGUACGACCCUCAAGCCGCUUGUGCCUACCAUUCUGGAGCCCCUGGUCACUCGACCAGUAAUUGUUGGGUACUAAAACAUAAGAUCCAGGACAUGAUCGAAGCAGGAGAUAUAGUAUUAAGGAAAAGGGAAGAACAAGGACCGAGCAUAAGUACGAAUCCCCUUCCUGAACACAAGGACACCUCUGAGGCAUUUACCCCCCAAUGA